AUGUUGUUUAAAUCGCUUGUUUCCGCUGCCACCGUGGCUCUUGUUGCUGCCGUUCCAUUGCAACACCAACACCAUGAACACAAGAGAGAUGUCAAGGUUGUCACCCAAACCACUGUUGUGAUUGCUGGUGCCAACGGUGAUGUUACUACUGCUGUUCCCAAAGUUUCCUUGAGUACCGCUUCCGUGUCGGUAGACCCAACCACCGUGAUUCCUCAAGGUCAACCUUCCGGUUUCACCAACCCUUCCUCGUUCGAGACCGGUACUGCCUCUGCUACUGGCUCAGCUUCGUCCCAACCAUCUGGUGGCGCUGGUUCCAGUGGUGCCAAGGGUAUCACUUACUCCCCUUACUCUGACGAUGGUGGAUGUAAAUCCUCCUCGCAGAUUGCUUCCGAAAUCCAACAAUUGAGUGGUUACAACAUCAUUAGAUUGUACGGUGUCGACUGUGACCAAGUCAACGCUGUUAUGUCUGCCAAGUCCGACUCGCAAAAGAUUUUUGCUGGUAUCUAUGAUGUUGCCAACAUCGAAUCUGGUGUCUCGACCUUGUCUUCCGCUGUUAAGGCUAACGGUGGAUGGGACCAUGUCCACACUGUUUCCGUCGGUAACGAAUUGGUCAACGGUGGUCAAGCUUCCGUGUCCCAAAUCGGUGAAUACGUUUCCACUGCCAAGUCUGCUUUGAAAGCUGCUGGAUACACUGGUCCUGUUGUUUCCGUCGACACCUUCAUUGCCAUUAUUAACAACCCUGGCUUGUGUAAGUACUCCGACUACAUGGCUAUCAACGCUCACGCUUUCUUCGAUGGUCAUGUUACUGCUGAACAAGCCGGUGACUGGGUCUUGUUGCAAAUCCAAAGAGUUGCUGACGCUUGUGGAAGUGACAAGUCCGUUUUCGUCACUGAGACUGGCUGGCCAUCUAAGGGUGACUCCAAUGGCGUUGCUGUCCCAUCCAAGUCCAACCAAAAGUCUGCUGUCGACUCGAUUGUCGGCUCUUGUGGUAACGAUGUAACUUUGUUCACCGCUUUCAAUGACUUGUGGAAGGCUGAUGGUCCUUACAACGCUGAAAAAUACUGGGGUAUUCUUUCCAACUGA